UGCAUCAACAUCUGAUUUCGCUGACCAUCGACAUUUGACUUUACGAUUCCGGUGUUGAUGCAGUUCGUGUUGUUUUUUCGGCCCUGGCGUUGUAAAUACACAAUGACUUAACGUUCGAGAAUGCAAAUGUGUACGUCGAUUACUAUGCAAAACAAAUAAAUCAUUGUAGGUUAAACACUUAUCAAACUACAUUAGUCAUGCUUGGAGGAACUUAUUGCCCGAACGGCACAUCCCUGGACGAAAUAUGGGUGGAUCAUGGUAUAUCCCCAUGUUUUAUGGAGACAGUCACUGCAGGAGUGAUUGGCGCUUACAUGCUGAUCGCUGGAACUAUCCAAUUGGUUAUCUACAGGAAGUAUUCAACUGAAGCAAAUGUUCAUCAUCUGCCUAAAAGUAGACUCUAUGGGCUGCAGAUAUGUCUCUGUUAUUUUGUGCCAAUGUUUGCCAUUGCAAGGCUAUUAUUGGAAGGGUUUUUGUUGCACAACAAAGUUAUUUAUGGCUACAUGGCUGUGUCUGCUGGAGUGACCAUCUUCAUGUACCUGUUUAGCAUUGCUUUGAUUGUUAAAGAAAGGUAUUAUCUUUUGCCGUCUGUGCCUACAAGAGGACAUGGUUUGGUUUUGUUACUCUUCUGGACUCUUGCUUUCAUUGCUGAUAAUCUUGCCUUUAUUAACUUUGAAAAGAAAAGUUGGUGGUUUCAUCUGAAAGAUGAAACUGAUGUUAUAGAAAUGACUGUCUUCAUUGCGCAUUAUGUGUGUGACCUCUGCCUGUUUGUUUUGGGCUUGAAGGCACCUGGAAUAAUGCAUCAUGUCGACUAUUUGAGUUUGAACGACGCUGGAAACGCGCGACAAGCUUCGUCCGAGAAUGCUUCAACAUGGCGCAACUUCUGGAAGAAACUACGCACUUUACUACCGUUUUUAUGGCCAAAGAAAGACUUCCUCCUGCAGUUCAGAGUAUUAUUUUGUUUCAUGUUACUCAUGGGUGGACGUGUCAUUAACUUAUACGUCCCGAUCUAUAGUAAAUUAAUUGUUGAUAGUAUGACGAUAAUUACCCCGCUUGUCUUCCGUUGGGACUGGAUCCUAAUCUACGUGAGUUUUAAGUUUUUACAAGGUGGAGGCACUGGAGGAAUGGGUUUCCUCAACAAUUUGCGCUCGUUUCUUUGGAUUAAGAUCCAACAGUAUACUACAAGAGAAAUUGAGGUUGAAUUAUUUAGACAUUUACACAGUUUAUCCUUACGUUGGCACUUGGGCCGUAAAACCGGCGAAGUUUUGCGAAUCAUGGACAGAGGCACUGAUAGCAUCAACAAUUUAUUAAACUACAUCUUGUUUUCCAUCGCGCCGACUAUUAUUGAUAUCCUGGUGGCUGUUACUUUCUUUAUCACAGCGUUUAACAUGUGGUUUGGUCUCAUUGUAUUCACUACGAUGUUAUUAUACAUACUUGCUACUAUAAUAAUAACGGAAUGGCGCACAAAGUUCCAGCGACGUAUGAAUCUAGCUGAUAAUGCGACACGGGCGAGGAGCAUGGAUUCGUUGAUUAAUUUCGAAACUGUGAAGUAUUACGGCGCUGAAGCUUAUGAGGUUGAUGCUUUCCGGGAAGCUGUAUUAGCAUAUCAAGUAGAAGAAUGGAAUUCUAUGAUUACGUUAAACAUGCUCAACACUCUACAGAAUAUUAUAAUCUGCAGUGGUCUCUUUGGCGGAUCACUGCUUUGUGUACACAUGGUUGUGGAGCAUCAGUCUUUGACUGUUGGUGAUUAUGUGCUUUUUGCCAGUUAUAUCAUUCAAUUGUAUACGCCUUUAAAUUGGUUUGGAACUUAUUACAGAGCAAUACAGAAAAAUUUCGUCGACAUGGAAAACAUGUUCGAUUUACUCAAAGAAGAACAAGAAGUUAUUGAUGCGCCUGGUGCUGGUCCAUUGCUAGUUAAAAAAGGAGUGGUUGAAUUUAACAAUGUCACGUUUGGCUAUCAACCAGAACGGACAAUACUCAAGAAUAUAUCGUUUAAUGUGCAGCCAGGGAAGACAAUCGCGUUUGUCGGGCCAACUGGGUCUGGAAAGAGUACAAUCAUUCGUCUGCUCUUUAGAUUUUACGAUGUGCAGACAGGUUCCAUAGUUAUUGACGGCCAGAAUGUGAAAACAGUCACUCAGGAGAGUCUUAGACGUGCUAUUGGUGUGGUUCCACAGGAUACUGUCCUUUUCAACAACACAAUCAAGUAUAAUAUAAAAUACGGCCGGUUGGAUGCAACAGACGCUGAUGUGAUUGAAGCAGCACGUGCAGCAGACAUCCACGAAAAAAUCCUUACUUUCCCGGAUGGCUAUGACACGCAAGUUGGUGAAAGAGGAUUGCGUCUGAGUGGUGGUGAAAAACAACGCGUUGCAAUCGCCCGGACGAUUUUAAAAUCGCCGAUUUUGGUGCUGCUUGACGAGGCGACAAGCGCGCUUGAUACAAAAACAGAACGUAAUAUUCAAGGAGCUCUUGAAGGGAUUUGUAACAAUCGAACGACGAUUAUUGUCGCGCAUCGACUAUCAACCAUUAUACACGCGGAUGAAAUUCUUGUUUUGAAAGAUGGAGAAAUUGUUGAACGUGGAAAACAUGAAUAUCUACGAUUCCAAGAUGGCGUCUACGCAUCAAUGUGGGCUGAACAAUUACGAAAUCCAAAGGGUGAAGACCCCGAUGAAAGUGUCGGUGAUGGUGAGGGUGAAACUGAACAAAGCGCGGACAAUCCGCCCGCCCAGUCUUAGAAAUAUAAAGCGGUGAUCAGGGUGAGCGUAGUCUAAUUUUUGAUAUGUUUAUUAACGAGCUGAAAAUGAAGGUAAUUAUGAAAUUAGUGUAGCUAGCUGCAAAUUAAAAACUAAAAGAGUAAUCAACUUUAUUUAUCAUAAUAAAUAUUCAAUAGA